GAUUUAUUCCAAACGAUCAGUCAGGUUUUGUGGACCGUCUUCGAAAAGUAAUUCAGCAACAGAAAACGUCUCACGCUUCCAUGAGACAAGGACAAGCUGGUCCUGCACAAGGAAAUGCGAUAACUGGACCCAUGCCAACCACGGGCACAUCGCAAGGUGGCAUUCUUAUGUCUCAAACAAACACUAUGGCAAUGGGAGGAGGUCAAAUAACUCAAAAUGUUGUCCCCACUAACGCUGCACAACAAACAUUGACAUCGUCCGUUGGACCACAAAGCCAAAUUAGUAUGCAGACCGGGCAAAUAACUGGACCUCAAGUUGCACAACCUUCUGGCACAAUGAUAGGCCAACAGAGACCACCGUUCGAUGACUUGGAAAUAGCUAGGCGUCAGAACCUGUUGAAAAUCCAACAUUUGAGGCAAACGCUAGAAGCUGCACAGCAACAGGAAGCACAAUAUAAGUCUCAGUUAGAAGUAAAUAUUCAACAAAAUUUGGAAGUAGCACAACAGCAAGAAAUGCAGUAUAAACAACAGUUAGAG